AUGGUCAGUCUUGGAAAUACUUCUGCAAGUGGUGCUGUUUUUUUUGAUGCUACAAUGUAUGAGAAUGAUGAUGAAUUUCAACCAGUACUGUCAUCGACAGAACAACUAAGUUUUGGAAAAUUAGACACUGCUAUAUUUGCAUCAAUACCACUAAUCCUCGGGGUUAUCAUUGAAAUAAUAGGAAUAAUAUUCAUCUCACUAUGGCCAGAAGAACAGAGUAAAUGUAAUUCAUAUUUUAUAUUUUUGUAUUUACAUUGUGGAUACUGGUUUGUAAUAAUGUUGACCGAUUACAUUAUUAAAUCACGACAUCACAAUCUACGGAUAUGCGGAUAUCUUGAUUUUUAUCAGUCAACCUAUCAGCAUAUCAGAACACCAUUAUUUGUAUCAUCUUUAUGGAAUACCAUGUAUUUAUUUCUCGCUGCAAUACUACAUCACACACAUAAAUUAAAUUAUGAGGAUUAUUGCCGUUCAUCGGAAUGGUUCACGCCUGUUAACUACAUUCUAUUGUUAACAACAUUGGAGCUAAUGAUUAUUGUUCCAGUUUAUAUAAAUUACAUAAAACGUGUACAUCGUUUCAAUCGUAUGCAACCUCCUCCCGAUGUUACAAGAGAAGAAUGGCUGUCAUCGUUUACCCAGGAUUCAUUUGCUGGUAAUACAGAGGUUGGUUAUCGUGAACGUGAUUCUAAUUUAUCAGAAUUAUUGGAAAAACAAGCGGAUUUAAUAAGGUACCUACGUGAUCAUAAUGUUAAAUUGAGUCAUAGAAUGAUGUUACUUGCAUCACAACGUCAUCAAAAUACUUAA